CGCUGGACGUAGACCGCUACGCUGUGACGUCAGAGCAAAGAUGGCUGUGCCCUGGAGCCUUUCCCUCGUUCCCUAAGUUUUUGCGCCCAUCUCGUGUCAGAUGCAGAGUCAGACUCUGCUUUUCUCCAGCCAUGUUUUCCGUCCGAGGUUGUGGUCUCUGGGUCGUGGCUUCCCUCACCAAAAAACACCUUCCGUUGGCCCGGUUCAUCGGUGACGGCGCGGCGCCCUCGGCUCCGAACUUUGACGUGGUAGUCAUUGGCGGAGGCCAUGCCGGGACCGAGGCAGCCGCCGCUGCUGCUCGGUGCGGCUCCCGGACCCUGCUGCUCACCCACCGCGUGGACACGAUCGGUCAGAUGUCCUGUAAUCCUUCCUUUGGUGGCAUUGGCAAGGGGCAUUUAAUGAGGGAAGUUGAUGCCUUGGAUGGCCUGUGUUCUCGAAUCUGUGACCAGUCUGGUGUACAUUACAAAGUAUUAAACCGGCGUAAGGGACCAGCUGUUUGGGGUCUGAGAGCUCAAAUUGAUAGGAAACUCUAUAAGCGGAACAUGCAGAAAGAAAUUCUAAAUACACCGCUGCUUACUGUUCAGGAGGGAGCUGUAGAAGAUCUUAUUCUUACAGAACCAGAGCCUGAGCAUACUGGGAAAUGUCGUGUCAGUGGUGUGGUUUUAGCGGAUGGAAGCACAGUACAUGCAGAGAGUGUGGUUCUGACUACCGGGACGUUCCUGAGAGGUGUGAUUGUAAUUGGAUUAGAGAUGCAUCCAGCAGGACGUUUAGGGGAUCAGCCUUCUGUAGGGUUGGCUCAGACUCUGGAGAAGUUGGGGUUUGUGGUGGGAAGAUUGAAGACUGGGACUCCACCCCGAAUUGCCAAAGAGUCAGUUAAUUUUAGCAUUCUAAACAAACAGACACCAGAUAAUCCAUCCAUACCAUUCAGUUUUGUCAGUGAGACAGUGUGGAUUAAGCCAGAAGAUCAGCUGCCGUGUUACUUGACUCACACGAACCCUAGAGUGGAUGAGAUUGUCCUUGAGAACCUUCACCUUAAUAGUCAUAUUAAGGAAACUACAAGAGGACCCCGGUACUGUCCAUCCAUUGAAUCAAAGGUUUUGCGUUUUCCAAACCGUCUACAUCAGGUUUGGUUGGAACCUGAAGGAAUGGAUUCUGAGCUCAUCUACCCUCAAGGGUUAUCUGUGACACUGCCAGCUGAAUUACAAGAGAAAAUGAUUACAUGCAUCAAAGGCUUGGAGAAAGCUAAAAUGAUUCAACCAGGAUAUGGUGUUCAGUAUGAUUACUUAGACCCCCGUCAGAUCACUCCUUCUCUUGAGACUCAUUUGGUGCAACGGCUCUUCUUUGCUGGCCAGAUAAAUGGCACUACUGGUUAUGAGGAAGCUGCAGCUCAAGGUGUGAUAGCUGGAAUCAAUGCAAGUCUUCGGGUCAAACACAAGCCUCCUUUUGUUGUCAGCCGAACAGAAGGCUACAUAGGAGUCUUGAUUGAUGACCUCACCACACUGGGUACCAACGAACCAUACCGCAUGUUUACAAGCCGAGCAGAGUUCCGUUUGUCACUGCGCCCUGAUAAUGCCGACAGCAGGCUCACAUUCCGAGGGUAUAAGGAAGUUGGAUGUGUAUCCCAACAACGAUAUGAAAGAGCUUCUUGGAUGAAGUCUUCUUUGGAAGAAGGCAUUUCUGUGCUAAAAUCCAUUGAGUUUUCAAGUUCUAAAUGGAAAAAGUUAAUUCCAGAGGCUUCUAUAAGUAUUGUUAAAAGUCUGCCACUCAGAGCUCUAGAUGUUCUGAAGUAUGAGGAAGUAGACAUGAAGUUGUUAGCCAAGGCUGUUCCAGAGCCCUUGAAGAAGUAUGUUGAAAGUAGAGAGCUAGCUGAAAGACUGAAAAUAGAAGCCACUUAUGAAUCAGUGUUGUUCCAUCAGCAACAACAAAUAAAGGAAGUUCAGCAGGAUGAAGCUCUCCAACUGCCAAAAGACCUAGAUUAUUUAACCCUCAGAGAUGUGUCUUUGUCUUAUGAAGUUCGAGAGAAGCUACAUUUCAUUCGCCCAGAAACGAUUGGGGCUGCUAGUCGUAUACCUGGAGUGACACCUGCUGCCAUCAUCAAUCUGCUCCGAUUUGUGAAGACCACUCAGCAAAAACAGAUGGCUAUAAAUUAAUUGCCCAAAACUGAUCAAUGCUUAUGUGAUACACAUAAACUUGAAGAGAGACAGUUAUAGCUUUUAUUCAUAGAAGACUUCUAAGUAGUACAAGAGUAUAGAUAGGAUAUAGAAAGUAUUUAUAUUUAGCAUCUGUUAAAAUAAUAAAUUUAUUAGGUUAUUAUGGGUUUGUCACUAAUUUAUAAAGAGGGCAGAGAUUAUAACUGUGCUUUUUUAUGUAUCUGAAAAAAGUUAUAAAGUCUACAUUUAUACUCUUUCUCUUAGGUGCUCUGACACAGAGAACCUAUUAAUAUAACUGCAGUAUUCAUCAGAGAAAUAAUGGUGGACUUAAAACUAAACCUGAAAAAACAUCUCAGUUUAUAGAUUUGCCUACUUAUAAAGACCUUGUCCAUUAAAUGUUAUCAAAGUGAAAGUCUGGGAUCCCUGGGUGGCGCAGCGGUUUAGCGCCUGCCUUUGGCCCAGGGCGCGAUCCUGGAGACCCGGGAUCGAAUUCCACAUCGGGCUCCCGGUGCAUGGAGCCUGCUUCUCUCUCUGCCUGUGUCUCUGCCUCUCUCUCUCUCAAUGUGUGACUAUCAUAAAAAAAAAAAAAAAAAAAAAAAAAAAGGUGAAAGUCUUAUGUUCCAACCUGUUUUGAAAGUUUAUAGUCUUUUGCUUGGUUAAUGAGGCAAAUUCAAAGCUCUCAAAUCCUUGGGGUUACAAAUUUUAAACUAUACUAAAUCACCUGGAAUCAUUCAGCUGAUUUCCAGCAUUAGAAUGUAGUAUGUAGGGGAUCCCUGGGUGGCUCAGCCGUUUGGCGCCUGCCUUUGGCCCAGGGCGCAAUCCUGGAGUCCCGGGAUCAAGUCCCAUGUCGGGCUCCCGGCAUGGAGCCUGCUUCUCCCUCCUCCUGUGUCUCUGCCUCUCUCUCUCUCUCUAUGUCUAUCAUAAAUAAAUAAAUCUUUAAAAAAAAAAUGUAGUAUGUAGGGUGAAAGUUGACUUCUAGGAUUCCUGUACUCUUGCAGGAAAUCCUCACCAGUAAUUAUCUUUUUUUCCCCUCACCAGUAAUCAUCUUUGAACAUUAAUGAAAAUCUGUAAAAUAGAUUGGAAAUUAUCAUACCUUUCUUUGGUCCACAAUAUGGAAAAUGUUUGGGCAACCUGGUUAAGGGAGAAUAAAGGUAGUUAUUUUAUAUCAUACAGUAAUUUCUUAUGAAACUGUUAAGUCCAUGAUUUCUUAACACUAAAGACAAAUCCGUAGUAACUGGUGACUAGUAUUUCCCUGUUUUUAAGUCAGAAGUAACAGAAAAACUGAAAAAGGUGCUGGCACUCCUCUUCUUCUUCAGUACUUUGAUUCUCUCUUGUCACCACCUGGACAACUCUGGCUGGCUGCCUCAAAUACCUCAGCCUUUCUGUAUAGACUAGAGGAUGAAUACAGGCAAGUGAGCCAGAGAGCCUUGCUUGUCCCUGGAAAUGCCAGCUCAGAUCUCUGGUAUCAGAGGAGAAGCUCCGACGUCAGCUUCAGGCCAAUGCAGAUAUUUAAGACAGUACCAAGGGCCCUGAAGUCACUCAGGCUACAGAUCUAUGUGGUAAGGCUGAUUAUGGGUGUGAGGCAGCCAAGUAUCUUGUUGCUAUAAUCAGUUGUGGCUACUUGGAUGUAGCUCAGUUUUCAUGGAUUUGUUUCAUAUAAUACUAGUCUUUCCAUUAAAGCAGUCAAUACCAGUAACAAGGAAAAAGUAUUUGUAGGGGUCUCUGGGUGGCUCAGCGGUUUAGUGCCUGCCUUCCACCCAGGGUGUGAUCCUGGAGUCCUGGGAUUGAGUUCCACAUCGGCCUCCCUGCAUGGAGCCUGCUUCUCGCUCUGCCUGUGUCUCUGCCUCUCUCUCUCUCUCUGUGACUAUCAUGAAUAAAUAAAUAAAAUCUUUAAAAAAAAAAAAAGUAUUUGUAAUGCUGGAUCAUUUAACAAUGAUGAAUUCUUUUUAUGAUUUAGUAAUUUCAAGAAAGUGGUAACUUUUACUUUAGUUAUGGCUAUUCCUGGACAGAAUUCUUACUACAGAUGCAAUAUUGAUGACAAUACUAUAUUACAUUUUAAAAAGGCCAUUUUGCACCACCUGUUUAGCACCAGAAGGGAAAUCACUGUUCUAAAACUCUGGUUAAAUACAGAAGUAAAAGCAGUCGUGCUUUUGGGGUGCUUAGUAAAUGGAAUAUAACAAAAACUUAUUUUGAGGAAAUAGCUCUUAAAUGCUUUGAAAGGUUUUUGUUAUUGUUGUUGUUUUAGAUUUUAUUUAUUUGACAGAGAGAGUACAAGCAGGGGGAGCAGCAAGCAGAGGGAGAAGCAGACUUCCCAAGGAGCAAGGAGCCCAAUGUGGGGCUCUAUCCCAGGACCCUGGGAUCAUGACCCGAGCCCAAGGCAGACACUUAACUGAGCCACCCAGGUGACCCUAGAAGGUUCUUGAUAGCUGUAAUUUGGACCUAAUGACACUAUACAUAGUAAAUAUAAAUUUUACAGUGUGAUUCCAUAAUAAUAGUAACUGUCUCACUGAAAAAUGUUUGAUGGGAAGCAUUUGUUUUAGGUUCUACCAUUUGGUUUAGGAUCUUUAUAAUUUAAAAUGUGUUAACUUAAAAAUAAAUAAAUAAAAUGUGUUGACUUUUAUAAAAUUACCUUAAAA